AGGUGUCGAGGAGGAAAACUAGAAGGACAAAGGAAAAGCCGCCGUAUGCGAAAAUGUCAUUCGAGGGCAAGUACAACGCCAAGAGUCCGGCGGUGAAAAGAUUAAUGAGGGAGGCUCAAGAGUUGCACGAAGCCACCGAAGAGUAUUAUGCAUCUCCUCUCGAGGACAACUUAUUCGAAUGGCACUUUACGGUGCAAGGACCACCUUCUACGGAUUUUGAGGGUGGGGUGUAUCAUGGAAGGAUCUUACUGCCACCAGAGUAUCCUAUGAAACCACCGAAUAUCAUUUUGUUGACACCAAACGGGCGUUUUGAAACGAACAAGAAAAUAUGUCUGAGUAUUUCUGGCCAUCAUCCUGAGACGUGGCAACCAUCGUGGAGUAUUAGAACAGCACUGUUGGCUCUGAUAGCUUUCAUGCCUACUCCAGGAAGCGGCACCAUUGGCGCAUUAGAUUACAGUACUGAGGAACGGCAAAAGCUUGCCAAAAAAUCACUGAACUGGCAAUGUGAUACGUGUGGAAAGGUUGUGAAUUUAUUGUCCAAGAACUCAGUUAAAAAACCUAUUACUGAGGAAGAGCAAACCAUGCUGAAUACAAUUGCCCUAAAGGCCGAUGAUUCACCUACAUCAGAAGUAUCUUUCGCGGAUAGUACGGCAAAUUUACCCGAGAGCGAAGUACGACAACGUAACGUGGAAACGAUUUGGACGGAAAAUGCAGAUCGUCAACAACCUGAUAUUAUUCUAAAUCGUGUAGAGACAAUGUCCUCUUCGAACGAUUUAUUUUGGAGUAUUCUUAUCGCCUCAUUAGUAUCCGCAAUUAUUCUGUUAAUCUUACGACGAUUAUUUCUCGUUUAACUCAUUCUUUUUUGAAGGACAAAAAUAUGUCUUGAAAAUAAAAUAAAUUUUAUACAUGUUUUAUGGAUAUCCUUAUAAGACAGAAAACCAAUCAGAUUCGUAUAUAAUACAAACUGUCUGAAUUUCAUAAAAACAUAUAUAACACAGAACGAAAGUAUGCAUUAAUAU